AUGGACUCGGAGCUGGAGAAGCGGUUGCGAGCGGCUUUCCGGGACAAGCUGCGGCUGCUCCCAGCCGAGCUGCACGCAGCCCGUGGCAGGCCGGUGGCAGCGCAGGACCCCGCCACGCUGCUGCCAUCAUCCACUCGUGUGCUGCUGAAGAGACGGGAGGUGGCGGAGGUGGAGCGGGAGCUGCAGAACCAGCGGCAGGAGUUUCAGCAGCAGAUGCAGCGCCUGGCGCAGCGCCGGCAGCAGCUGGCCCGGAGGCAAGAGCAGCACCGCGACGCCGUGCUCAGAUUCGAGUCCUUCCUCAAGGCGGCGGAGGCCAGGCGGGAGCGGGCUCUGCGCCGGGCGGACGAGCAGCGGGCGGCGGAGCGGGCUGGGGCUGCCCGGCUGCAGCGGGAGCUGGAGCAGCUGCUCCAGCGCAGGGAGCGCCUGGCCCGGCGCCUGAGGAGCCUCCGGCCCUUCGGGGAUUACCUGCGGGACGUGCUGGCCAGCACGGGGCAGUUCCAGGACGUGCCGGCCAUGCUGGAGUAUUUGGAGGUGCUGGUGGGGGUGCGGGCAGCCCUGGCACGGGAGGCAGAAGCCGGGCAGGAGAUGCUGGCCCAGGGCAAGGCACAGCUCGAGCAGUACCGGCAGGAGUCCAGCACCCAGCUCCUGGGCACCAGGGAUGAGCUGGCCCAGCUCCACACACGCCUGGAGGCUGCCCGCCAAGAUGUGCUGCAGUGGGAGUCCUGCUGGACCCACAUCCAGAGCACAGCAAUGCAGAAGGAUCUGCUGCUGGGGCAGAUCAAGCUGGCUGUGCUGAACCUCUUCCAGCAAACCACUGCACAGCUCAGGAUCCCCACGGACAGAGCCCAGGAGGACACAAAGGCCCAGCUGGACAUGGUGCUGCUCUGCAUGCAGGGCCUGGCGGAUAUCUGUGCCACAGGCACGCACCCACAGAACCACCGGACUACCAGGCUGCUUCAGGGCCAGGAAUAGCCCCUGGGGACACCUGCUGCUUCUGGGGCUGGGGCGAGGCUGCCAAGGCCAGCAUGGAGCCACAGGAGCCCUGGAGAUGGAGGUAAUCCCCUGCAAGUCUGGAAACCCCAUGCCAAGAGACAGCAUGGAUGGC